UCGUGACCAACGGUCAGUUGCACUGAUUGCCGGCACCACAGCCGGUCGUAGUGCGAAAUCGUUUUGCCGCCGCCGUCGCAUUUCGAUUCAAACGCUGUUGUCAUCAUCGCCAUUAUAAUAUUGCGAUUUAAAGGCCGCACCGUCCCGUGCAGACAGCAGAGAAACCACCUGAGACGAUGAAAUCUUCCGGGCCGGACCGGCCUGCAGAUGAGCAGCGACCUUCUCGUAAUCAUUACUGCCUUCCUCUGAGGAUGCAGGCCACCACCAUCUUAUUAAUUCUGCUCCUGCACUUUGUCUCUUCGACCUUGUCCCUGAGGAAUGAAGUGUACCGCGAAACAUACACCGACGACGCUGUCAUACUCGAAGCGUAUCCCGCGGACGAGAGCCACGACAUCAAUCACCGCCAUGGUACGAUGAUGAGCACCGCUGUUGAUAGCAGCCCCCGAAGCGGCGACGAGAUCGGUGCCAACAGGGCGGCGAGAACGAAAAGACAGGGUUCGUGGACGAUGGUGUCCGGCCCGUGUCUGACGGGCCGAGGCACGUUGGGCAAGUGCACGAGUUUUCGGGCGUGCUAUCCGUACAUCAAGACGCCAAACUUUCAGUACUGGGACUCGUGGAUGGCGGGAAUGUACGACACGUGCACUUAUAUAAGUGUCGACCACAAACAGAUGUUUGGCGUGUGCUGCGAUCACCCGAGCUUCAUCGGAGAGAGCCACAACGAAGAAGGAAUGAGACCACCCCCGUCGAUGGUAAUGCCACCGAAUUGGCCACCACCUUUGCCAACGCAUCCUCCGGACCACACUAUUCCUCCAAUUCCUACACAUCCUCCACAGACGGCACCACCAAUGAAGCCACAGCCUCCACAGCAACCGACUAUACCACCAUGGCCUCCACAGCAACCAUCGAUACCAUCAUGGCCGCCAUACGAUCAUCAAAAUGUCACUACUACUACCCCGCAUAACAAACCUACUACCACAACCACCACCAGUACCACACCAGCUUAUGUUGACAAUGAUGGAGGGUACGAUUAUCAAUGUGGGCUGAAGAACGGUCCUCAAGAUCAAGAGAGAAUCGUCGGUGGUCAAAACGCGGACCCCGGAGAAUGGCCAUGGAUUGUAGCUAUAUUCAAUGCAGGCAGACAUUUUUGCGGAGGAUCUCUAAUCGAUGACACACACGUGUUGACGGCAGCACAUUGCGUUGCUCACAUGAAUUCGUGGGACGUAGCUCGUUUGACAGCAAAUCUUGGAGACUACAAUAUCAAAAGCAAAGCUGACGUGAAACAUUUAGAGAGAAAAAUCAAAAGAGUCGUUCGGCACAAAGGUUUUGACCAAAGAACUCUGUACAACGAUAUCGCGCUCUUGACUCUGGAUAAACCGGUGAAGUUUGAUAAACAAAUACACCCAAUAUGUUUGCCAACGGGCAGAUCUAUGUACGCGGGACAGACGGCCACAGUCAUCGGCUGGGGCAGCUUGAAAGAGAGUGGUCCGCAACCGGCGGUUCUGCAGAAGGUCACCGUACCAGUGUGGACAAAUCAGGAGUGCAAGUACAAGUACGGAAACGCGGCCCCUGGCGGGAUCGUAGACCACUUCUUAUGUGCGGGCAAAGCAGCAAGAGACUCUUGCAGUGGCGACAGCGGAGGUCCUUUGAUGCUCAACGAUGGUAAAUGGACCCAGGUGGGUAUCGUCAGUUGGGGAAUAGGAUGCGGAAAAGGCCAGUACCCGGGAGUAUACACCAGAGUUACAAGUUUCAUGAACUGGAUUACAAAAAACUUGAAAACGUAAAUUGAUAUAAGCAUAGUAUUAUACUUACCGUUAAUAAUUGUGUUUCGGUAAAUUAUAUAUAUUUAUAUUAUUUUAUUUUGUACAUAUUUAAGUUAGUAUUAAUAAUUAUAUUUUUUAUAAUCUUAUGUUCUUUACACUUUUUGUAUUGUUCUCAAUUUAUUUUAUUUUAUAUUUUACUUAAAAAUUAAAUGAUAUACAUAAAUAUGAAUUAUUA